UCGGCCCCCCGCCCGCCGCCGCCUGACCGGCGCGGCGCGCGUGUCACGUGACCAUUCAAGAUGGCGGCGCUCGGCGCGGCGGUGCCGCUGCUGCUGCUGGGCCUGGGCCCGGGCCUGGGCCUGGGCCGCGCGGCCCCGCCCGUGGUGCUGUGGCACGGCAUGGGAGACAGCUGCUGCAACCCGCGCAGCAUGGGCUACAUCCGCGGCGUGCUGCAGCGCCGCCUGCCCGGCACCUACGUGCUGGCCCUGCGCCUCGGCGCCUCGCCCCUGCAGGACGUGGAGAACAGCUUCUUCAUGAACGCGAACGACCAAGUGAGAGAGGUGUGCAGCCAGCUCGCCAAGGACCCGCACCUGAAAGGAGGCUACAACGCAAUCGGCUUCUCCCAAGGAGGGCAGUUCCUGAGGGCGGUAGCCCAGAGGUGUCCUUCUCCUCCCAUGUUCAAUCUGAUCUCCGUCGGGGGGCAGCACCAAGGCGUGUACGGCUUUCCGCGCUGCCCUGGGGAGAGCUCCCAUAUCUGCGACUGGAUCCGAAAGACCCUGGACCUGGGCGCCUACACGCAAGCUGUUCAAGAGCAUUUGGUGCAAGCAGAGUAUUGGCACGAUCCUUUGAGGGAGGAGGACUACAGGAAGAACAGCAUCUUCUUGGCCGACAUAAACCAGGAGAGGGGCAUCAAUGAGACGUACAAGAAAAACCUGAGGGCUUUGAAAAAGUUUGUGAUGGUGAAAUUCCUCAACGACACGAUGGUUGACCCUCCGAUCUCUGAGUGGUUUGGGUUUUACAAAAGCGGCCAAGCCAAGGAGACGGUUCCACUGAGGGAGACGCCGCUGUACACAGAGGACCGCCUCGGGCUGCAGGAGAUGGACAAAGCGGGAAAGCUGGUGUUCCUGGGCGUGGACGGGGAUCACCUCCAGUUCUCAGAGGAGUGGUUCUGCACCACCAUCCUCCCCUUCCUCCAGUGAAGCACCCUGGGGGCGCUCCCCGUAGUUAAACGCAGCUGCUACUGUCAAGAGUACUUCGUGUACAAGCCUGCAGGGAAGCUGGGGAAGGGGUGGGGUGGGGGGGUGGGGGGGAAAAUUAAUCUCAGUGCUUCUACGGGGUGCAGAGGUAGCACCUGCUGCACUGCGCCAAGAGACGGCUGUAACCACGCUCCGACAGGGGUGGGCUGAGCCCUGCACUGCCGCUGAAGCACUCCGUCCCCCUGCUGGGCUCAGAGCGGUGGUUGUGCUGGGCAGUUGGUGACGGUGAAAUAACUGAGCUGCUUGAGAGGUUUAAGUCACGCUCAGCCCCCGUUGCCUGUUCCUCUCCAGGAGCACUGGCAGUAUUAACCAAAAUCACUAGCGCAGGAACGCGGCGUCUCCUAAGGGGGUAAGCAAAUAGACUUAACGUGGCCGUACGCAGGGGAGCGCGAGAUUAGUCUCGCCGUCAGGCUGGGGAAAGAGACCACAUUUAGGAGGAUCUGGGGAAAAGGGCGUUUUAAAUUAAGUGGGUAUUAACAGCUUGAACCACUUUCAACUAAUGGCUUGUUUUAUGCACUUUUGUACAACUGAGAUCAAUAAAGAACUUUACAUCUA